AUGACUGCUUCGUUGGAUGUUAAACUUUUUGCCUCACGUAUCAAACGUUUUUACGAACAAUGGGAGUCUCCGCAAAGCAACUUCUCUGACGUGGACGCUUUUCUUGUGCUCAACGGUAAAUCAGAAGACAUUUACGGUAAAACGAUAUCUACACAGACUUAUUUUUUUGGCUAUGAACUGCAAGAAACGGCAAUGCUUAUCGCCAAGAAGGGCAUAACCAUUCUUAGUAGCAGAAAGAAAGUUGAAUUCUUGAAGCCUUUGAAUUCCUCUGGUGUUGAGAACCUGACUUUUACAUUACUAACGAGGUCUCAAGAUGAUGCAGACAAGGCAAAUGUGGCCCUUCUUGCCAAGGACUUCUUGUCAAGCGGGAAUGGAGAUAAGUUGGGUGUCUUCUCGAAGGAGAUUGAACGCAACUCCGAGAGUGAAUUUUCUAAGUCUGUCGCUUCGACUCUGAAGUCAAAAGCGAAGGAAGUCGUCGACAGUUCUUUGAUGUUUAGUCAGUUUUUUGCUGCCAAAGAGGAGGUUGAAGUGCAGUAUCUCAGGAAAGCCAGUGAAGUUACUUGUAUUCUCUUUUCGAAACAUCUUAAAGAGAAGAUAAUGGAUGUGAUCGAUGACGACAAGAAAGUGUCUCAUCAAAGCCUGUCAGAUGGUUGUCAGGAGGCCUUGAAGAAUAGGGACCUGACAAGGGGUUAUGAACAGGAGUUCCUUGAGAUCUGCUAUGAUCCAAUCAUUCAGAGUGGUGGCAGUUACAAUCUUAAAUUUAGCGCCGAAAAUGACAAAAAGCCGAUGCAUUUCGGGACUAUUAUUUGUUCACUGGGAGUUCGAUAUCGGUCCUACUGUUCCAACGUUGUCCGAACUCUCAUCGUCAAUCCCAAUGCCAAGCAGUCGACUUAUUACGAGUACCUGCACAACCUACUCGACUGGGCUAUUGAACAGAUGAAACCGGGUGUUGUAUUUUCCAAUUUUUACAAUACGAUUGUCAAUAAGGUGAAAGUGGAUCAUCCUGAGCUCGUCGAUAAGCUGAUUCGAACCUUCGGUUUUGUAACUGGCAUUGAGUUUCGCGAUGGGAACUACGUUAUCGGUCCGAAGAGCUCCGCAGUUUUCCGCGAAGGCAUGUCCAUCAACAUCAACCUGGGAUUUCAGGACCUGCUGAAUGAAGAGGCUGAGUCUGAAAAAGACAAACACUACGCUCUCUGGUUGGGUGACAUUGUCAUCCUUGGGUUGGGAGAAAAUCGGACCAACCAAGUGCUCACGGCUGCGGCCAAGCGUCGACCCCGCGCUGUCUCGUUGUAUAUCGAAGAAGAUGAAGAGGAGGAGGAGGCGGAAGGGGCAGAAGAUGAGAAUGUGGAUGGGGAAGGUACCGAUGCGAAAAGACGCAAAAAAGAGGUCUCAGGUGCUUCUAAGGAUGGGUCCAGGCCGGGUUUUGGCGGUGGUGGCGGUCUUGAAAACGGUGAUGUUGAUGGAGGUCCGGAAGCCCUUGGCAGGGGGCAUCGGCGGGCUAUUUUGGAUCAAAAAACCAGGAGCGAGCAGACCGCGGAGGAAAAGCGAUUACAACAGCGCCGCGAGCUCUUCCAACAACUCCAGGUGAGUGCGCGCAAUCGUCUCUCGGGUCUCAAGGCGGACGGGGAGACGGGUCAGAAGGCAAAAUCCAAUGUGGCCUACAAGGGCGCUGGGCAGAUGCCCAAGGAGGACGACGUUCGCAAGCUGCGCAUCUUCGUCGAUAAGAAGUACGAAACGGUUAUUCUGCCCAUCUUUGGCCAUCCCACACCCUUCCACAUCAGUACCAUCAAAAACGUAUCCUCAUCCAUCGAAGCCGAUUACACAUAUCUGCGAAUCAACUUCCACCAUCCUGGCGCUGUUGUUGGUCCCAAGGAUGCCUCUAACUUCCAGAAUCCACAGGCUACCUUUCUGAAGGAGAUGACCUACCGGGCAUCAAAUCAGCGUCACCAUGGGGAGACGACGAGCCCGUCAACGAACCUGAACAACGCCUAUCGCAUCAUCAAGGAGGUGUUGAAGAAGUUCCGCUCUCGCGAAGCCGAGGAGAAGGAGCGCGCCAACUUGGUGGAGCAGGACAACCUGGUCAUUGAACCGGGAAAAACGGCUUUUCGGCUACGCGACCUCUACAUUCGACCCAACAUCGUGGCCAAACGCAUCACUGGUACGCUGGAGGCGCACAGCAAUGGUUUCCGUUUCACCUCCAUACGUGGCGAUAAGGUGGACAUUCUGUACAACAACAUCAAGCACGCCUUCUACCAGCCCUGUGAUGGUGAAAUGAUCAUCCUACUGCAUUUCAACCUCAAGAACGCCAUCAUGUAUGGAAAGAAGAAACAGGAUAACAUCCAAUUCUACACCGAGGUGGGUGAACUGACCACGGAUUUGGGCAAAAGCCACAGUCGAAUGUACGACCGCGACGAUUUGGAGGCUGAGCAGCGGGAACGGGAGAUGCGAGAACAGAUUAAAACGGCCUUUAAGACUUUUGUGGAGCGCGUGGAAAACCUGGCCAAACGUUACAACCUGGAGUUUGAGGUGCCCUUCCGCGAUCUCGGCUUCUACGGUUGUCCGCUAAGAACCACUGUCUUCAUGAUGCCAACGAGCAGUUGCCUGGUUAGCCUCAGUGAAUGGCCGCCCUUCGUGAUCACCCUGGAGGAGGUGGAACUGGUGAUGUUUGAGCGUGUCUCCCUCUCCAUCAAGACCUUUGACAUGAUAUUUGUGUUCAAGGAUUACCGUAUCAAACCCGCCAUGAUUACCUCGAUCCCCAGCAACUCGCUGGAUCAUGUAAAGGAGUGGAUUCUCUCCUGCGACAUCUACUACGCGGAGGGCGUGCGGUCGAUGAAUUGGCCGAAAUUGAUGAAGACCAUUAUUGACGAUCCGGAAGACUUUCUGGAGCAGAAUGGAUGGGCCUUCAUCUCGCCGGAUGAUGACGACGAUGAAGAUGAAGACGGCUUCGACUCCGAUGCCGACGACGAGAGCUACCAACCGUCAAUGGACUCCGACGCGGAAGACGACGAAGGCGGCGGUGGCGGUGAUGAGGAUGGAGACGGUAGUGGUAGCGAAUACAACGAUGAUGAUGACGACGAUGAGGAGGAGGACUGGGAUGCCGAAGAGGAGUCUUCUGCUGAGGGCUCCCUUGACUCCGACGAGUCGGAGGGCAAGGACUGGGAGGAACUGGAGCGAGAGGCUAUCCGAGAGGAUCGAAAACGCGAGCAUGACGAUGCGGUGCGAGCAAAGAAGCGGCAUCGGUCACCCAGUCCACGACCUGCCAAGAAGGCGAAGCAUCAUCAUCAACGGCGUUGA